UCACUCCUUUAUCUACGUUUCUCUCUAUAUCUCGUUUCGUCUAUAACUAUAAUGCAGCUGUUCCUUCCAAAGCAAUAAGUAGACUCAAGAGUCAGAGCUCUUCUAGUCAGGCUAGGGAAAAUGGAUCUCUCAGACAUUGCGCGGAAGCUAGGGCUUUCAGAUGCCAAACUCUUAAUCCGUAAGGCCGAAGAGCUUCGGCGUCUCAGCGAUGUUCAAUUUGAUUCGUCCAUCAUCGGAGUCGGAGAGAUUUGUAAAGCAGUGAUUUGCUUGGAAAUUGUUGCUACGAGGGCGCAGGUUUUAUUCGAUCGUCAGGCUGCGAUUAGGUUGAGUGGGAUGUCGGAGAAGGCAUAUAACAGGUCAUUCAAUGCGAUGCAGAAUGGGCUCGGUGUCAAGACGAAGCUGGACACCAGAGAGUUGGGAAUCCAAUUUGGAUGUGUUAGACUAAUUCCUUUUGUGCAGAAGGGUUUGUCUCUCUACAAGGAGCGAUUUCUCAGUGCAUUACCAGUUUCUCGGCGGGCAAGCGCAGACUUCACUCGGCCUGUAUUUACAGCUGUUGCUUUCUAUCUGUGUGCAAAAAGACAUAGGCUUAAAGUAGACAAGUUGAAGUUGAUUGAGCUCUGUGGCACAUCAGAGUCUGAGUUCACUAGUGUCUCUACCUCUAUGAAAGAUCUUUGCUUUGAUGUUUUUGGGAUCUCAAAGGAAAAGAAAGACCCAAAAUCUGUGAAAGGGAACAGAGAACUGCUGGAUGCUUUACCUGGCAAGAGGAGACAUGAAGAUGAUGAGGAUGAAUCUGGGGAGUCAUCUGUUGAUGAUGAAGAUGGACUAGAGCUUCCAAGUUACAAGAGGCAUAAAAAAAUGGAAAAGCUUGCUUAUGAGGAGUGGAGGUCCUCAGUCCUUGUAUCCAACAAGCAUAGUAACACAGAAGUACCUCUCAAGCAGAAGAAGCAAGCUCGGCUCAACUUCACUAAGAAAGUUCCUGAGGGGAUCAGGGGAAACAUCAAUGAAAAGAUAGGGUGGAAAGUAAGAUAAUUGCAGUUCUAGUUCUUUGAUGGUUGCUAUGAAAAUUGGAGUUGGAAGCCAAGAAUGCUUGAGAAAGUGAAUUUGGUUUACAUUGAGGCAUCCUACCUUCCUCCGAAGAUUGUGCUGAAAAGAUUAAAUGUUGAAACCCCGCCAGCUAUUGGGUUGCUAAAAUUGAAGGUGAAUGGUGACUCCGACUGAGAUCUGGAAAUAUAAGGAGUGUUGGUCUAGUGCAAGAUUCUCUUGUAAAGAAGCUAUUUUAUUUCUUUCUCGGUUGUGGUUUGGAGCUAAUGCUGUGGUGGAUGUGAAUGUAGAUAUACAUAAUUUUUUAUACUUCAGAGAAGGCCAAUGCCAUGCAAUCCUUAGGUCAUUUAAACUCUUGAUACUGCUCUAUGGAACAUUCAUAUAAAGAUUCUGAAAGACAUUAGACUUCUGUUGUA